AUGCGGCCACUCACUAUCUCGCAGGCGUUCUCGAACCCGACGUCCUCCGCCCCUUCUUGCGGGAAGAAGAAACGCAACGGGCUGCGCGGUAUCAAAUGGGACAUCGACAACCGAUUCGUGACCCGCAUCUGCCGACAUCUAUUCGAUGAGCUGCGCGAGGACGUCCCUGCAGAGGCCCGGACGCGCUGUGUCCUGCCGUGUUAUAUCGAGCUUGUAACACCGCGCGAGAUUAGGGCGAUAGGUCCGGAUGACUUCCGCAGGCAGCUCGUCAUCGUCCUCGGUGCCCGAGAGUCUGAGCGUGAUCGCAAGGUGACGACGACAGACGAGCGUACAUCUACAGAAACUCUCGUGGACUGCUACAACGGCCUCAUAGAGCUUAAGGAUGAGAAGACCCGGAAGGCAGUCAGCCUAGACAUCGGCGCCAUCCCUAUGAUGGUCUUACCAGAAAGCGCCAUACGGACACCCGUGUUCGAUGACGAGAUGGUUGCGGGAAAUAUGGUCAAACCUGAAGGAGCUGUUGAACGAGCCGUAGCUACGCAUGAGCAGUGUCGCCUAAGCAUGAAGAGCCUGCUGGGAGACAACGUGUCCCCAAAACUACUCCAGAAGCUCGAGGAGGCCCCGGAUGAGCAUACACUCCGCUAUCACCAUCCUCUCCUGCACAACACAUACUAG